GAUACUGCUCUGCUGCUGCUGCGGCGAACGGGGGCCGAGAAGGUAAAGAGAAAGUUUUGCAAACGCAGCGAGACUCAGACGAGGCUCGUACACCGGUAGUCUUGGAGUGCACGCCAGAGAGAAUGAGUACGUACGAGAAUUGUGUUGACGGGCCGAUGGUGCGAACAGAGGGGGUGGUGGUAGUAGUAGUCCGGGAGAGCCGUCCCCAGAAGCGGAGCAGCGGGGGCAGGGUCCGGGUUAACGAGGAGCUCCUGGGGGUCUCACUUCAAAGAGACGUGCCCGCUGCGGGGCAUGAGUUUGGGGAGGCAGAUAGGAGCCACCGGGGGCCCAGAUCUGACGCUGACAGAAUCGCGUUACCUGCGGGGGUCCCGCCGCACGGAGGACCGCAUGUCCAGAGGAAACACUACGUCUCGGUGCCGCGGCAGUGCAGCGUCGGGGACUCGAUCGGGUUCGGGGACAAUUCAAAUCACGGUCUGUACCGAGCACAGGUAGAGCCGCAUGCCGGGGUCAGUCGACCAGAGGGCCGGGGUACUGCUGCGUGUAGCGACGGGACGGAGCCCAGAGACGGAGGACACUGCCGGCACAUGGCUGCUGUGACGGCGGCUGUGAAUGAACGCAACGCCAACCGGAGUUUUGACAACAGCCGGACUUUGGAGACGAACUCGCUCGUUUGUCCGGACAGUGCGCAAAGAAACACGGAAGAAAACAUCGUAAUCAGAAACGUGGAGAGUUAUGGGCCUGAGUAUGCGGGGGACGUUAGAGGGACUGCAGGCGGCGUGCAGAGCCCGACCUUUUUCCCCACAGAGUUAGAAAUAUGCGACAUUAACAUGGCAUCCAUCUGCGCCACAGAGGGGUCACUAAGGUACACUUUAGAUAGUGAUGAUGAUGAUUAUUAUGAUAAUGAAAUUCUGCCCUUUUACGAAACUAUCAGAGCAAAAGGUGAUGGUGAUGGUGAUGGUGAUAGAGAUAUUGCAGAGCUGCCACAGCCCGGGCUGGAUAAAGGACAGCUGGAUGAUAGUAAUAGCGCACAGGAAACAGACAGGCUUAGGAACCAGCUGAAAGAAGCUUAUUACCUUCUUAUCAAUGCUAUGAAUGAUAUCAACCUGGAUGUCCAACAGAUUAGUGGUGGUUUAACUGAGCAGCAGGCCACCUCCUCCUGUAGUAGCCACUCCAGGGAUAGCCUGUGCUCGAGGUUGUCUGCCAAAAACAUGGACAGUGACUCCUGGUCCUCAGGAGGCGACCACAGCCCCCAGCAGGUGUCUGACACUGACUCGCUCCUACUUUGCCUCAGUGGGAACCUUGAGUCAGGCCUGAAAGGCAGGCUGAACAGUAAGAGUAUGGUGAACCUGUCUUUGACCAAGAGAGGACCCACAUUACGGCGCUCUGCUAGUGACGGAGCUAUCAGGUGUGCAGGUGGUCCCUCACUCUAUAUGCAGAACCCUGGGGGUCCAGAAAGCGUUGGCGAUAAAGGGGCCACAGAGACAAAAUACUUGGAAGGGGUUAAAGCCACAGGUAUAGGUGAGCUGUCAGAUCACCAGGUGCUUUACAACACCAACAGCAGUGAUGAGCUGCUACAGGAUGCUGGCGGUGACGAAGACCGUGGCGGGCAGCUCAACGAGAGCAGCGGCUCGGUCAACAGCCUCACCGGUUCUUCAGACGGCAACGCUGACGCCUCAACAAAUCAGGGUCACAACAACAUGCAGGAGCCGGCUGACGCCCGAGCACAGGGGGCCCGCUCAGUCAACAAGGGGCACGGCGUCACCGUCAACAAGAUGCAAGAGUGGAUGCACAAGGGCCGUUUGUUGUCCUCUGAGAUGAAGCAGCGCAUCGAGGGCUCAUCUUCUCCCCGCAGCGGAGGCCGAAGCCAGGACCGGCCCUGUCCUCAGGGUAACCUCGGUGUGUCCAAACCGAGGGUCCAGACAUCCAGCAGAGGGGUUAAAUCUGUCAAGGCCAAGUCACCAGGGCAGCAGCAGCCAGCUUUCAUUGAGAAUGUCCAAACCCCCUGUGCUUAUGGCCGUGAGGUGGGCAGGGCCAGUGAGUCUUCGUCAUGGCGGUCACCGCUCACCACCAUCACUGUCUCCAAGAAGCGCAACUGGCUGCAGCAGAGCUCCCUUGGGAAGAAUCAAUGCACCAAGGACGAGCUGCAGGGAAUGCUGGGAGCUGAGGAGGAGGGCUUCCAUCAGCCGCCACCUCCUCCCAGUCCCUCUCCAGACCACCUGAGACACUCGGGGGGAGCUUCAUCACGACCAGCCCGCCUGCAGCUGCCUCAGAUCACCGUUGGUCAGGCCAAGGUAUCUCCUCACUCUCGGAGCGUGGACCCAGCCGAGGAGAAUGACGCAGACGAUGAAGGAGAGAUCUGGUACAACCCGAUCCCCGAGGAUGAUGAUGUGGAGACAUCUAACAGACCCUCCUUUCGGCUGCUGGUUCCCCCCGGUGCAGAGUCCCAGAGGAGGCCCAGCAGGGGAGGGGAUACGGGUCACGGUGGCAGGAACCUGGGGAGCGGCAGCAGCACCGUCGGGCCAGAGGCACUCGGGGAAAACCUUGCUGGUGGUUCAGGAGAUGGGAGUCAGGGGAAUGCUGUACAUUCCACAGAGGCAGUACAUCUGCACAGACAGAUGCUCGCGUGCAAACCACAGGAGGAAGGGGGGCCUUCCACCAGCAAAGCCACAGAUGUCCCUGACUUGCCCAAUGCUGUCAGCUCCCCUCCCUCCAGCCCGAACCCGGCCAAGAAGAGCAGUUCCAUCAACUGGUCCUUCCCAGAUAAGAUCAAGUCCCCGCGCACCGUAAGGAAGAUCUCCAUGAGGAUGAAGAAACUUCCAGAGCUUAGCCGUAAACUCAGUGUCAAAGGGACCCCGAGUAGCAGUAACAGCAACAACGGCAACGGAAGUAGUUCUUUAGAGCCCAGAGCCCAUUCUCCCCGAAACAACGCGAGUGGGUCGGAGGCCGUCCCCCAAUCCUCAGGCCCUCCCAGAUUAGCUGCAUCUGGGGGUGGGCAGGCCAGCCGUAACGUGAUCUCACGCUACCACCUGGACAGCAGUGUGUCCACGCAGCACAGCUUCAGCAAGAAGAAAAACAACGGCAGCUCAAAGUCCGCCAGUAAAGGCGGUUACCUCAGUGAUGGGGACUCGCCGGAGCUCGUGGCCAAAUCGGGGAAGCACGGCUCCUCAGAAGUGAAGGGGGGGAAAGGCAAGGAGACGGAGGGGGGAGGUGGAAGCUCUAAACUCAGUGGCACGGAGCUUGACAUUGAUGCUUUCCGCCAUUACAGCUUCACGGAGCAGCCCAAGUGCAGCCAGUACAUCUCCGGACUGAUGAGCCUGCACUUUUAUGGUGCCGAGGACCUCAAACCUCCACGCAUUGACUCCAGAGAUGUCUAUUGCGCCAUCCAGGUGGACUCAGUUAAUAAAGCACGGACCGCCCUCCUCACAUGCCGAACUACCUUCCUAGACAUGGACCACACCUUCAACAUCGAGCUGGAGAACGCCCAGCACUUGAAGCUGGUGGUGUUCAGCUGGGAGCCCAUGCCGAGACGCAACCGCGUCUGCUGCCACGGCACGGUGGUUCUGCCGGCGCUCUUCCGGGUGACGCGCUGCCACCAGCUGGCUGUGAAGCUGGAGCCGCGGGGCCUGAUCUACGUCAAGCUGAGCCUGAUGGAGCAGUGGCAGAACUCGCUGGAUGGUGGGCCGCACGGAGACAGGGAGCCACAGGUGUUUGGCGUGGAGGCGUGGCGGGUGGUGGAGAGGGAGAACAUGGGACUGAUGGUGCCGCUGCUUAUAAGCAAGUGCAUCAAUGAGAUCGAGAAGAGAGGCUGCCAGGUGGUGGGUCUUUACCGUCUCUGUGGAUCUGCAGCCGUGAAGAAGGAACUGCGUGAGGCGUUUGAGAGAGACAGCUGUGCCGUGGAGCUGUGUGAAAACACGUAUCCUGACGUUAACGUCAUCACAGGAGUACUGAAGGACUACUUGCGAGAGCUGCCCUACCCUCUGAUCACCAAGCAUCUGUAUGAGGCCGUGUUGGAGUCCAUGGCCACCAGGCCUCUGCGGAUAGGACCGGCAGGCUGCGAGAAUGACCAGGCCGACACGGAGCACGCCGUCAGCCUGCUGGACAACCUGCCAGACGUGGAGCGGAUGACGCUGCAGACGCUUCUUGACCACCUGAAGUUGGUGGCUUCCUGCCAGGAAGUGAACAAGAUGACGUGCCAGAACCUGGCGGUGUGUUUCGGCCCGGUGCUGCUCAGCCAGCGCCAGGAUGCGUCCUGCCACACCAACCGAGUCUUCAUUGACUCCGAGGAGCUGGCAAGCGCGUUGCACUUCAAAAAACACAUCGAAGUCCUCCACUACCUGCUACAGCUCUGGCCUGUUGUGGACCCACAUGGCCGGUCCUCCUCCCGAGACCCUGCAGACCGUUUGGCUCUGGCUUCACCUGACCUGCUGUCAGCUCCUCCCAUACGGCGGAGAAAAGAGCGCCCCCAGGUCCUGAACCUCUCUGAAGCGGAGAUGGCGGGUGUUCUGCGGCCCAAACCGGGGCGCUUGGACAGCCCCAGCAACCGCUACGCUGGCGACUGGAGCCGAUGCGGCGAGAGCUACUUCCCUUGUGAAAUUCUGCCGCCUCCCAACAUAGAGGAGGCGGACUAUGAUGACGUGCCCUCCGAGGACACGGAGGAAGCUGAGGAGUUGCAGGAGAACCCUGAGGACGCAGAGAAAGAUAAAGGGCAGAUUGUCACAAGCCAUGAAUCUGAUCCUGCCGUGCAGGAGGAGCCUCAGAGAGAGGAGGUGGUGAAGGAUGAGGAAAAGGAGGAGGAAGAAGAAGAGGAGGAGGAGAAGCCAGUAGAGAGUGAUAGUUCCGUCAAUGGGCAGACAUUAGAGGACAAGAAGGAGGAGAGGAUGUGCGACCACAUCCUGCCUCCCUGUCUGCCCAAAGAGCACACCUACCAGGCUUACAUGAAGAUCCAGGACAUCAGCCCCGUGCUGAGCAACAGGGUCAACCUCAGAGACCUGCAGGAGAGCAUCGACACUCUGAUAGGAAACCUUGAGAGAGAGCUCAACAAGAACAAGCUCAACGUCGGAUACUGACUCCUACUACAGUGACACACAUAUCCACUCACACACUCGUAAAGACUGAUGGGGUUGGGAGAAGACCUUCUUUACCGUUCAAGGUGCUCGAGGAUACAGCUACAGUGUUUCCAUGGAGAUCCUGUGAUGGUGGCACAGUGCUUCUGUUAAAAACCUAAAGGUUGAGGUGAGAAGAAAUGCAACGGGGCACUUCUGGCGUUUGUAACUUACCCAUAGACAUUCCGUAAUGUUUUUGUUUUAUUUUUAUUUUUGCCAACUGUUUCACUUCAUGUUGUAUGUUUGUUUCAGUCCCGUUCUGUGUUCCAUGUUGUAAUUGUCGCUUCUCUUCUUAUUAGAAGAACCCAUUGACCCCUCAGGGGUUUAAACGGUGCCUUAAUUGUGUGAAGGUGGAACGUCAAGAGGAAAAUCCACCCUGAAAUAAAAUGCAUUCCCUCGUGUGAUCUUGAUACAGUGUUGACAACCAACAGGAUAACCUCUGUGAUGUUAUGAAGAUAUGUUUUUACAUAGAAUGCGAUGUAUUGUGUUUUUUAGCAGGUACAAAUCCACACAUGGUACUAUGGAGAUUUACUCACGCAAUCUUUUAAUCGGUGAUAUUGAUGCCAACAUUUGUAGGUUGACAUUGCUUAUAUACUUUAUUUAAAAUUGACCAUUUUCAUACUAAAACAUCCCAGUGCUUCCAGAGUUUCCCCUAUAAGUAUUUUGUUGGCGGGCUUCUGAAGCAGCUUUUGAACAUUGGGCACUCCCACAAAUAAGCAGUGGUAGGAAAAGAAAUCUGGGAUACAUUUGGCCUUCAAUUAAGAAUUGAAUUUCCUAGAAAAGUUCGUCAUUAGGUUAUUAGAUUAAUAAAGAACGUUCAGAGGAAACAAAACCAUGAUGGUUCUCCAGUCAUAGACGGGGCCUCUAUCACUUUUGGCAGUGGAUGAAAAAUGUUCCACUGUUUUAUUAAAACCCUGCUGUUAUUGACCAGAAAAUUUGUCUUUAAAGCUGAAUGGGAAAUCUCUGAGUUUGUUGAUUCUACCGUCUAUUUUCAAGCAUGUAAACAAACCAAGAUAACAGGAGGAACCAGUGUACAUUCUGUUUGAGGGUGGAUUUCCUUUUUUUAAGGCAGCAGAGAGCUUUUCUAUUGAGGUAUGAAACACUAAUUGUUGUACAACAAUGAUGCACUUAUAAGGCAGGCAGUAGUGUAGAUUGUCAUUAUAGUUCAUGCCGUAAAAUAAACUGUGGACUGAGUUAAGGGAGAAGCAGCCGCCACUGAAACCUCCUAUUAAAAAUAAAUCAGAAUAUGAUAUGCCUUAAAAUGUAUUUACGUUGUGCAUUGUACAAGACGUUUAGACACACAUGUACAGGCAUACAAUAAAACUCUUAUCUCUGAACAGUAGAGAUGUAUUUGAUCUUAAGCAGGCAACUAAAACAGAGAAAAGUGUUUCAUGUGGCAUAUUUACUUUAGGCAUAACAUAAUAAAUAGUCCAAAUUUAGCGGAAAGACUGAAUGCAGGGGAAACAACAACCCAUUCUUGUUUAACCCCUGUGUUUGCACAGGGUCUUUAAACUAUGCUUAGAUUAGCUAAUUUAUCAAUCUUCUACCUCUCUGCAGAAAAAGCUAAUAAGCUAUAUUUCUCAAUAUGUGGAAUUAUUCCUUUCAAUACCACCAACCAGUAGACUUUAUGCUUCUCCCAUCUUUUUGGCAAAAACAGUGAAUUACACACAGACGAAAUGUGAAGCACAACUUCAGAGCAGCAGUGGAAACUGUCAGCAGAGGGCUUCAGUUAGACCGACUUAGCUAGCUGCCUAAAUCGACAAAGUACGUUAUUAGCAAUCCAGGGAUUCAGAAUGAUCAGUAUUUAACCUGUAUAUGUAUAUAAUUAUAUAAAUGUAUUCGGAGUAUAUUAUUUUUUACAGCUUCUAUUUCAAUGGCGUAUUUAAAUACUUCUGAUGACCUCGUAGUGUUGUAGAAAUAGUCGCUUUUACUCCCUUCAAGCUACCUGUACACAUCUUAAUGUGCUGGACUAAUGGUACAACUUUAGCUGUAAAAUAUAUGAUAAAAUCGUGCUCUUGCAGAAAAAAGUGAUAUUUUUAUCGUAAUGUGUAUAUAUUUGACAUUGUUUUGUGUCUGUGGUGGACUAAGCUGUGUGUUCAUGAUGAUUAUUGGUGUGUUUUUUUGUUUGUUUUUUAAGGUACUGAACGUUGCAUGGUCAAAAGCUUUACUGACAUAAACAAGGCUCUUUCUCAUCUGCCUUUGUAUUUGAUAUUUAUGUGUAAAAAGACUUAUUUUGUAAUGUAUGCUCGUUUGUUCGUCACCCUGUUCCUCCAAUACACAGAUGACUGCACUGGUCAAGCUUUUCUCCAGAGGACUUAAAUGCUGACUGUGAUGUGAUUUGUGACACUUCCAUAUUAUACAGUAUAUUCAGCAUUAUCUUAAAAUAUGGCCAUUUAUUUCCUCUAUAAAAAGAAAUUGCAUCUCAAAUUGUUAUCUACAGUCUUCUUUCAUUUUUUUUUUCUUAAAACAACUAUUGACAAUGGCAGACAGUUUCAAUUGUGAAACCCGGAUGCAGAAUUGAACACUUGUUUUAAGAAAGAGACAUUAGAUUGGGCUUGAAGAGAAGAUGGACUGUUAAUGUAGGGUUUGCAUUUGUAUUUAUACAUUUUCCAUUUUAUUUUUCACUGUUGUUCCACAUCCCAGCCCUCAGCAUGAUGUCUGUUCACAGUCCUGCUGCUUCAUAGUGGUGAAGCUGUAGCUGCUGCUGUCAGUAUGGGCGGGUCUGGUAAAAAUGGGUUUCAGCAGGGUUCCUUUCAAACCAUCUGUCUGUACUGGCAACAAAAAAACAGCCAUGGCCUCAUUAACAGUAUAGAAACCAAUGUGGGAGAGCAUCACCUGCAGUUUGAUCUCAUUAGGACUACUUUUCUUUUCAAAGAUGCUGCAUUCUGCUUGCAAACACUUCAAAGAUUGAAUCUGAGUUGAACUCUGAGUGAUGCUCAAAAAAAUAAACUAGUUUUUCCUUUGCAUGGCAACACAUUAGGUACUCUUCCUGUGUGUUGUAGUAUCCUCUCAGCUCGCAACUUCUCAUCUUUUUUUCACAGAAUAUAUCAGCAUUAUGUGUGUUACAUCUUGGAUGGUUAUUUUUUCUGUCUUGUCCUCUUUGUCCUUUGGAGAGAAAAUGUCACGUGGAAAGCAUCACUAAACAAAACACAACAGUGCUUUGUAUUGAU